AUGGACACAACUAAGAAACAGGUAGAGGAGACAGAGCACUGCGAAAUCAUCGAUCCUGCCCAAACAGAAACCCCAAAGUCCCAAGAUCCCAUGAACAUGUCUCCCAAAAAACAUGAAGAACAAUCACACGACGCAGUCCUACAGAAAUUAGGCCUUUUGGACCAGACUCUGAACCCGUCAAGUUCAAACUUUGACUUUCAAGCGUGGUCUCAAGCACUCGUCAACCUGCGGAGCAGACUAGAUCUUCCAACUCCACCACGUUCUGGGUUUGCCUUUAAGAAUUUAACUGUCUAUGGAAGCGGCCCGUCUAUAGAGCAGCAAGAUACUCUAUGGACGCUACUUACCCAGCCUUUUAAAAUUCGGUCCUGGCUUCGCCCGAAAGAGACCAAGUCUAUUCUCAGUCGCCUCGAUGGAGUCGUCCAGAAGGGACAAUUACUGCUUGUUCUAGGCCGCCCCGGUAGUGGUUGUUCAACCUUCCUAAAGACUAUCACGGGUGAGAUGCAAAGUCUGGAGAUUGGCACAGGCUCCAUUCUUCAUUACUCAGGCAUACCACACCAAGUAAUGUCUCACGAAUUCAAAGGCGAAUUAAUCUACAAUCAAGAAGUAGACGAACACCUCCCGUACCUAACAGUUGGCCAAACCCUCGAAUUUGCCGCUGCGAUGCGAACCCCACGGGCUAGACUGCCAGGAAUAACACGCAAAGAUAGAAUAAGCCAUGUUGUCCAAGUCAUGUUGACGGUUUUUGGUCUAUCGCACACCAAACAUACGAUUGUUGGGAAUGAUUACAUACGAGGUGUUUCUGGCGGCGAAAGAAAAAGAGUUUCUAUUGCCGAGACCGCACUUUCUGAAGCUGCUAUAUCGGCGUGGGAUAAUUCUACACGAGGGCUAGAUGCAGAGUCUGCAUUGCAUUUUAUUAGUCGUCUACGAACUCUCUCUGACUUAACCCAAUCAUCCAACGCGGCAGCCAUAUACCAAUCAUCGCAAUCUAUCGUUAAUCUAUUCGACAAAAUCUUAGUCCUCUACGAAGGGCGAGGAAUCUUCUUCGGUAAUGCUUCUUUGGCUUCAGGCUACUUUGAACGUAUGGGUUGGUAUCGUCAUCCAAGGCAAACAGCCGGAGACUUUCUAACCGUAGUAACCAACCCCGAGCAAAGGCAAGCCAAAGCAGGACACGAGAACUCAGUGCCUAGAACCUCUGAGGAGUUUGAGCAGUAUUGGCGCGACUCAAAUGAGUAUUUGGCCUUGAUGCAAGAAAUUGACGAUUAUCAGAAGGAUUUCUACGGAAACAAAGAUGUUACGCAAAAGCAAUUUAAGGAAAUACGUGGGAAGUUGAAAGCAAAGGGAAUGUUGAAGAAAGCUUCACAAACAAUCUCAUUCCCAAUGCAAACUGCCCUUUGCGCAAGAAGAGCAACACAACAACUCUGGAACGACAAAGCCUCAACCUUUACUACUCUGAUUGGAGAGAUCAUCAUUGCACUUGUUGUAGGGUCCAUCUUCUACGGCACACCAGAGACAUCAGAUGCAUUCUUCUCUUACGGAUCUGUGCUCUUCUUCUCAGUCCUUCUCAACGUUCUAAUGGCCGUAACGGACACGCACAACCUUUACAAAGGUCGCUCUGUUAUGGCUAAACAAUCGUCCUAUGCUUUUUAUCGACCGUCUGCCGAUGCAUUUGCAAAUGUUCUAGUUGACAUUCCUGUCAAAUUCGUCGUUGCUGUCUUCUUCAAUGUUAUUCUCUACUUCCUAUCUGGUCUUGCAAAAACAGCAUCCCAAUUCUUUAUUUUUUUCCUUUUUGUCUUCGUCACAACUAUCGCUAUGUCUAUGAUCUUCCGCACCAUUGCUGCUGCAACGGUUUCUCUUCCUCAAGCCAUGGCAAUAUCUGGGUUUCUCGUUCUUGCACUUGUUACAUAUACGGGAUUUGUCCUUCCCGGCCCUGAUAUGCAUCCUUGGUUCAAAUGGAUCUCCUAUAUAAAUCCACUCGCUUAUGCCUUUGAAGCAUUGCUUGUUAACCAAGCACAUGGGACUGAUUAUCCUUGUUCCAACCUUGUGCCAUCUUAUCCAAAUCUCGUGGGCGAGACAUUUGUCUGUCCUGUUCCUGGAUCUGUGGCCGGGGAGACCUUUGUUAAUGGGGAUUCUUGGUUUGAAACAAGCUAUGACUAUAGCUAUUCCCAUCUGUGGCGCAACUUGGGCAUUAUUUUCGGCUUCUUGUUCUUCUUUUUGGUCACGUAUCUCUUGGCUACUGAGCUAAACGUGAACUCAUCUGUUGGUAUCGAAGUCCCUGUCUUCCUACGCGGCCGUCUUCCAAAAGCCGACUCGAAGCUCAAAGCCAGAGUCGACAUAGAGCGACCAUUAAUAGCCAACGGUACAACAAUCGAGAUUACCUCUGACGAACCAACACGAACGAAAGCAAAACACUCAGUUUUCUCCUGGAGGAAGUUGACCUUCGAUGUCAUGAUUAAAGGGAAUUCAAGGCGACUCCUGGACGAACCAUCCGGCUGGGUCAAACCAGGCUCCCUCGUCGCCUUGAUGGGCGUAUCCGGGGCUGGGAAAACGACACUUCUUAACGCCCUUGCCCAGAGAAUGUCCUCAGGCCAAGUCCAGGGCGAGUUCUACGUUGGUGGAAAUCCAUUACCGGCUUCAUUCAAGAGUGAGGUUGGCUAUGUCCAGCAGCAAGACGUCCAUCUUGAGACAUCAACUGUACGUGAAGCCCUACAGUUUUCAGCAAUGUUAAGACAGCCUCGUGAUAUACCGAAAAGCCAGAAACUUCAGUCCGUGGAAGAGACGAUUCAUCUUGUUGGCAUGGAUGAAUAUGCAGAUGCUAUUGUUGGAUUGCCUGGCAAGGGGCUUAAUGCAGAGCAACGCAAGCGUCUGAGUAUUGGUGUCGAGUUAGCUGGAAAGCCAUCCCUGAUGCUGUUUCUGGAUGAGCCAACUUCAGGACUAGACAGCCAGUCGUCAGAGGCAAUCUUGAGCCUGCUCCAGAAGCUGGCUAUGGGGGGGUUGGGGAUCCUGUGUACUAUCCAUCAGCCAAGUGCCAUGCUGUUCCAGAGGUUUGAUCGACUGUUGCUUAUGGCGCGAGGUGGCAAGGUUGCCUACUUUGGAGAUGUUGGUGAGAAUUCAGAGACAGUCCUUGGAUAUUUUGGUGAACGUGCACCAAGAAGGUGUGAUGACGAUGAGAAUCCUGCAGAGUAUAUCCUGGAUAUGAUUGGAAAUUCGAAAGGAGAUGAGUUCGACUGGCCUCAUCUCUGGAAUACCUCCCGAGAGGCCAACGAAGUCACAGCUGAGCUGGAUCACAUUUCACAAUCUUCAUCUCCCAAACCAUCACAUAAACACGAUGCUCAAACCCAACAACGCGGCGCUUACCCUGUUCCUCUGACCUCACAGGUACCAAUCGUUUACAGACGCAUAAUGCAGCAAUACUGGCGGUCAACAACCUACAUCGUCAGUAAAUUCAUAUUAGGUAUCGCAGGUACUUUAUUCAUAGGCUUCUCAUUCUUCCAACCUGGUAAUUCCAUUCUUGGAACCCAAAACGCCAUUUUCUCUAUUCUCAUGGUUUGUGCCAUGUUUAGCAGCUUAGUCCAACAGAUUAUGCCAAAGUUUGUCAUGCAGCGUACUAUCUAUGAAGUGCGUGAGCGUCAUUCGAAUAUGUACUCGUGGACUGUUCUCAUCUUGACCAACAUCCUCGCGGAAAUACCGUAUCAUAUUAUCCUUGGUGUAAUCACCUUUGCGAUUUUCAAUUACACAGUUUUCGGAAUACGCUCAUCCGAAGACCAAGGGCUGAUUCUGUUAUUUUUUGUAUACUUUUAUGUCCUUGUCGGUACAUUUGCAGCUAUGGUCAUUGCACCGUUGCCUGAUGCGACGACAGCUGGUCGCGUGACAACAGUCCUAUUCUCUAUGAUGCUCCUGUUCGCUGGUGUUUUCCAAACCCCGACUGCUCUACCUGGUUUCUGGAUAUUCAUGUAUCGGGUUUCCCCUAUGACCUAUCUUGUUGGCGGAGUUUCUGUUACGGGACUUGCAGGUGAUACCAUCAUUUGCUCCGACUCUGAGCUUGCUAUCUUUCAGCCUCCAACUGAUGAGACCUGUGGAUCAUACAUGCAGCAAUACAUUGAGCAGGGUGCACUAGGAACGCUGCUCAAUCCUCAGGCUACGACUGAUUGUUCUUAUUGUCCUCUUCGAUAUACCGAUCAGAUCUUGGCUCGUUCUGGUAUGUAUUAUCACGACAGAUGGAGGGAUUGGGCGCUUGGGUUUGCUUAUGUCAUUUUCAAUAUCGCUGCUACAUUUUUGCUUUACGCACUGUUCAGAUUAUCCCUUUGGGGUGCGGGAAUUAAGAGAGUCCAACAAGUGUUUCGGAGGAAUGGACACCAUACAGGCGUUUAAAUAGCCAAUCUGGCAUCGGGUCUUU